AUGUCUGAGAAACAAUUGCUGGUUGAGGAGUUGCAUGCUCCGGCGAGAAGAAAUUUUCCUCGAAGACAUGUCAUAGUUCGCGGAUAUGAUGACCUGUGGCAGGCGGACGUGGUUGAGAUGCGUCCUUACACGCGAUUUAAUCGAGGUUAUCACUACAUACUUACCGUUAUCGACGUGCUGAGCAAGCAUGCAUGGGCUGUGCCGCUUAAGACCAAGAGUGGUAGCGAAGUUGCUAUUGCGAUUGCAAAGAUAAUUCGGAAAGAUGAAAGAUGUCCGAAAAAUUUAUGGCUCGAUCUGCUGCCACGUCUCGUGUCAGAUUACAAUGUACGAAAGCAUCGAACUAUCGGCACGCGACCCAUCGAUGUUACGCCUGCAAUCGCUAAAAAACUCUUAACCACUGUGUACAGUCACAUAAAAAUUGCAGCACCCGCGCGAUUUAAAGUAGGUGACUCGGUGCGCGUCAGCAAAUUCAAAACUGUUUUUGAGAAGGGCUAUACACCAAAUUGGACUACGGAAAUAUUUAAAAUUAUCAAAGUACAGCGUACCAAUCCUGCGACAUAUGUACUGGAAGAUUCCUGUGGAAAACCUGUCGCUGGAGGAUUCUACGAAUAUGAGCUGCAGCGUGCUGCAAAUCCUGACGUGUAUCUUGUUGAAAAAAUAUUACGCAGAAAAGGAGAUGAGGUUUAUGUCAAGUGGUUGGGAAUCGAUGGAGCGCAUAAUUCAUGGAUACAUAAAAGCAAUGUUAUUUAA